AUGUCCGGCAUCGGGGGUGACCUCUCCAACAUCAGGUCGGAGAACCUGCGCAACCUCAAGGCCCUGACGUUUGACGUCUUCGGCACGGUCGUGGACUGGCGCACCUCGGUCAUCGAGGAGCUCGCGUCCCGGGCUCGGGCGCGGCUCUCGGGCUCCCCCGCCCUCGCCGCCGAGGACAGGGACAGGCUCGCGGCCGCGGACUGGGGCCGCUUCGCGCAGGAGUGGCGGGACUCGUACAAGAGCUUCACGCGGGACCACGACCCGGGCUCGGCGCCGUGGAAGGACGUCGACGCGCACCACUACGACAGCCUGGUGGCGCUGCUGGCGGCCUGGGGGCUGGGCGGUGUGUACGGGGACGAGGAGGUGCGGGAGUUGAGCCUGGUGUGGCACCGCCUUCGGCCGUGGGCAGACUCGGUGGAGGGCCUGCGGCGGCUGGGCGGGCGGUUCGUGACGGCGACGCUCUCGAACGGCAACGGGGCCCUCCUCCGGGACCUGGACGCCUUCGCGGGGCUCGGGUUCCGGGUGCUGCUCUCGGGCGAGGACUGGAGGGCAUACAAGCCCAACCCUGUGGUGUACGACAGCGCGGUGCGGGCGCUCCUUGGGGAAGGGGGCCGGGCGAGGGAGGUGGCGAUGGUGGCGUCGCACCUGGGGGACCUGAUGGCGGCGAGGAGCAGGGGGAUGCGGACCGUGUACGUCGAGAGGCCCGGGGAGGAGGACUGGGAGAAGGGCGGGGAGGCCUUCGAGGAUGCGAGGGGGUGGGUCGACGUGUGGGUUGGCGAGGGCGAGGGCGGAUUCGAGGAGGUCGCGAGGCGCCUGGGUGCUUGA